AUGCAGGAAGGACCAGCGGAGGGCUGUCUCACAACCACAACUCUCAUCAGCGGCUCUCUAGAUUUGAGACUUAUUCUGGCUAUGAGGUGUGACGUGAGGGAUGUUGUCUCUGGGAGCUGUGUCCAGCGACAGAUUGUUCACUGUGUGGAGAGGACCUCUGGGAUAGUAGAAGAGGGCUACUGUGACCCGACGACCCGUCCUGACGAUAAACGAGCCAGCUGCAAUGAGGAGCUUUGCCCAGCCAUAUGGUGGGUGGGCGAGUGGCAGAAGUGCUCGGCCACGUGCGGUGAGAAGGGCUUGGCCAAGAGGACGGUGCUGUGCAUCCAGGCCGUGAGUCUGGAGGAGAACAGAGCCCUGCAGCUCUCUGAAUGUCACCACAUACCCAGGCCUGAGUCAGCGGCGCCUUGUAACGCUCAUGUCCCCUGCCCCGCGGACUGGUCCACAGGCAACUGGUCUGAGUGCUCGCUGACAUGUGGUGGUGGUGUGCGGAGCCGAAAGGUUGUCUGUUCCAGAAACACAGGGGUGGACUGUGACCCCCGAAAGAAUCCCAGUUCUCUUACUCCAUGCUACCUCCAGGACUGUCCUCAGAUCAUCGACGUCUUCGGUGGCAGCAACGACUGGUCUGGCAGUGGUUCGUCAAGCAAGGAAAUCAACGAAAUCAACUCCAUCCCUGACUCUAACCCCCUGCCCAAACACAGUACAACUAGGGCUCAGCCAAGGGCCCCUAACAAUCUAAAUAACAUCAUCCCCCACCUGAAUCACAUUGACAAGACUACUGACAACUCAGCCAAAAACAAUGUACCUGUGGACGAUUUUUACUACGACUACAACUUCAUCAAAUUCCACGAGGACAUUUCCUACGACUUUGGCUUGGGGAACAACGGUAAAGACUUGGUGGAUGAUCUUGGACCAGAUCCACAACAGGAACCUAAACCAAGUUCUAGUGCAGAAGAACAUGUUUACAGAGAAACUACAACAGAUCCUCCCACAGCUACCUCACCCAUUUCUACCACUUUUAAGACGACUCCUUUCAUUAGGGAAGUUGAGGAACCACAAGACCCUAACCUGGACCAUGCAGAGAUUGAUGGAAGACUACAGACGGAGAAACCCAAUGAAGUAGAGCGAGAGGAGGAGGAUUUACUCCUUUCAGAGGACUAUUUUCUACCUGUUUCCACCACACCCUCAGCACCAGUUUUAGAGACCAGGUUAUCACAAAGCUGGAAAGAAACAAACAGUAAUUUUGGUUGGCCUCAUUACCUCAGCACAGCAGCCAGCCCAGUGCCUACUAGCAUGGGAACCACUGAGAACACACAUGGGCCCCAUAGUGAAAAAAUGAUGAUGAAAACACUGACAUUUAUGUCCAUUUUGAUCCAUGACUAUGAAGAUGGCACCGAACCCACAACAAUGGUAGAAGAGGUGAAAGAAGUGGGUGUUUUGGACUACAAUUCCCACCAGGAGACUGCAAUUGGACUACAAUCCCCUGGCUACCAAGAUGAAAAGGAGAGCCCGCUUCCACCCUGGAUCCACCUUCCCCAGGACCUGUACUUUGAUCAGCAGGACUUUGAAAUUGAGCCCAAAGCUGAUAGCGAAGCCAAUUUAGGGGUCACCGACAGAAACCAGGAGAACAUCCAACACAGCACAUCAACAACUGGAAGUGACUCUCCUCCUCCUACUCAUCUGGAAGGAGACCCUCAGUCACCACCUCCGUCAAUGUUGACAGAGCCAGCCACAUCCCAGUUAGAGACAGACAUUUCAGCACAGUCCUCCACGACUGGGCCAACUCCAUCUAAAGGGGCCAAUGCGGGCCCUCCAGUCCCCCCUCCCCAUACGGGUGCCGUGCCCCCCACCCAUUCCCCUGAGCCAGCCGUGCCCCCCACCCAUUCCCCUGAGCCAGCCGUGCCCCCCACCCAGUCCUCUGAGCCAGCCGUGCCCCCCACCCAUUCCCCUGAGCCAGCCGUGACCCCCACCCAUUCCCCUGAGCCAGCCGUGCCCCCCACCCAGUCCCCUGAGCCAGCCGUGCCUCCCACCCAUUCCCCUGAGCCAGCCGUGCCCCCACCCAGUCCUCUGUGCCAGCCAUGCUCACUCUGCCAACCCAUUCUCCCACCACACUCGUGGACACCAGAGCUGACCCCAGUGCCAAGCCCAGCUUCCACUCCAAACGCCACAGCUUCCUUCUGGAGAGCCGGCAACUGGAGCGCAUGUUCUACUAGCUGUGGUCUGGGGGCCAUCUGGAGGCUGGUGGUCUGCAGCACGGGACUGGAGUCUGACUGUGACCUGACCAAGAGGCCUGUGCCGGCCCGGCGCUGCUACCUCCGACCCUGCUCUUCCUGGAGGAUAGGAAACUGGACCAAGUGUUCCAAGAACUGUGGUGGUGGGGUGACCCUGCGUGAGAUCCAGUGCUUUGACACCAGGGACCAGAGGCCUUUGCGGCCCUUCCACUGUCAGACCGUGUCUACCCGGCCGGUGGCCCGCAUGCCCUGCCUACCCCAGCCCUGCCUGGACUGGUACUCUUCUUCCUGGGGACAGUGCUCUGAGGUGUGUGGGGGAGGGGAGCAGCAGCGUCUGGUUACCUGUCCAGAAGAGGAUCGCUGUGACGAGGCCCAUCUGCCCAGCAACAUCCAGGCCUGUAACAGCCAACCCUGUACCCAAUGGGUCACUGGCUCCUGGGGACAGUGCUCUGCAUCCUGUGGUGGCGGCGUGCAGCGGAGGCUGGUGAAAUGUGUGAACACCAAGACGGAGCCUGAGGAGGAGGAGGAUCAUGCCCAGUGUGACUCUGAGCCCUGGCCAGAAAACAGCCAGAAGUGUAACCUGAAUGAGUGUGACAGCGGCCCCGCUGGGCUCACGUGUCUUCGUGACCGCCUCACGUUCCGUUUCUGUCAGACCCUCCAGUGGCUUGGCCGAUGCCACCUGCCCGCCGUGCGGACACAGUGCUGCAAGACCUGUGGCCGGCGUUCAUACAGACAUGGCAACGAGCGCACAUCCCGUCGCUGA